UCAUUUCAUCAUUCUUCAGCACCUUCCUUUUCAUUCGUUGCAUGGUUCUUCUUUUCUUCGUUCGCAAUCUUAUGACAUCAAAUUUGGUUGCUACGGUAACAUAUUACUAUUACACAUCUAUGCAUAGGUCUAUGGUGGUAAAAUUGUUGUAGGGUUUAUAUGAUGAACAAGCUAAGGCAAUAUGAACGUGUAUUCAAGCACUUUGACGAGAAUGGUGACGGGAAGAUAUCGGCGUUGGAACUGAAACAAUGCGUGGAGGCGAUGGGUGAGGAGUUGUCGGCUGAGGAUGCGGCGGCGAGUGUGAUUAUGCUGGACGCGGACGGAGAUGGAUUGGUAGGGUUUGAUGAUUUCGUUAGGUUUGUGGAGGGAGGGAAGGAGGAAGAGAAAGAGAAUGACCUAAGAGAAGCUUUUAAGAUGUAUGAGAUGGAUGAGAGUGGUUGCAUCACACCCAGGAGUCUUAAAAGGAUGCUUAGUAGAUUGGGUGAAUCUAGGACUAUAGAUGAGUGCCAAGUUAUGAUAGCUAGAUUUGAUCUUGAUGGAGAUGGGGUGCUUACUUUCGAUGAAUUUAAGGUCAUGAUGUUCUAAUUACAUUAUAUUCUUUUAUUUACUACCUAUUCAUUCAUGUAUUUUAUUUUAAAUAUAUCUAAGAUUAGAACAACUUACUUUUGAUACGUAGUAUUAAACACGAUGUAAUUUUUUUGUCAUUAUCAUUAUAUCCUACGGAUGAAAGAGAGGGCAUCAUAUUAUUCAUAAA